AUGACCUCUAAACUCUUUUCCGCUUUAUCUCGCGACAUCGGACAUAUAUUGGAUGAUACCGAAAAGUUCGAUGUAAAGAUAGAAGUGGGAGAAAAAUCAAAUAUAGUAUGUUUCCAGGCGCAUUCACUAAUUUUAAAGUCCCGGUCGGAAUCCCUGAAGAAUGAACUCGCGGAAUGUGAGAAGGUGGACGGGAAAUUUUCUUUGAGAAAGGCAAAGAUGGAGCCAAAGGUUUUCGAAGCUGUCUUGAAAUAUAUCUACAAUGCCACAAUAGAAUUGGAAGACCAAGAAGUACCUCGACUUCUUGAUACCUUGGUUGUUGCAGAUGAGCUUCUCUUACACGAACUUGCUGAUCACAUCGAAGAAUAUUUACUCGCACAUGAAAACGAAUGGCUGCAAAAGAACUUUACAUCUGUCUGGCGUAGAUCCCAAACCACUCAAUUCAAUACAAAACUGAAAUCUUGCUGUCAGCAGGUUAUCUGUGCCAAUCCCAACUGUCUCUUCAAAUCUGAUGAUUUUCUUGAACUUGAUUCGAACUUGUUGGUAUCUAUCCUAAAAUUAGAAAAUCUGAAAAUGGACGAAGUAGAAAUCUGGAGUCAUGUUGUCAGAUGGGGCAUCGCACAGGAUCCAACACUACCAAAGGCAUGCGAAUGUUGGUCUAGGGACGAUUAUUUGAAAUUAGAAAAGAUUCUCCGUCCAAGUGUAGAACACAUACGAUGGUUUCACAUAUCACCUAUAGAUUUUUUUGACAAAGUAUGGCCGUAUAAAGAUACGUUGCCACCCAAGUUAUUAGAUGAUCUUAUUAGAAACCAUUUCAAACCAGGGACGCCAUUGACGAGUAUUGUGUUGCCACCUAGAAUGGUUACAUUUGACUCUACUGUAAUCAAAAUCGAACAUGUUGCAAGAAUUGCCAGUUGGAUAGAUCGAAAAGAAGACGCUGAUUUAUAUACAUAUGAUAAUACACCCUACGAUUUCAAGUUGUUGAUUCGUGGAUCCCGCGACGGUUUUGAUGCGGAUACGUUUCAUACGAAAUGCGAUGAUCAAGGUGCAACAGUGGUAGUUCUCAAGAUUCGUGACUCUGGUGAACUUAUCGGAGGUUAUAAUCCUAUCCGAUGGGUAACUGGCAAUGGCCAUCUUAUUACAGAAGAAAGCUUUAUCUUUUCCUUUGGUCUAACUGGUAAAAUAGAAGCUGGUAAAACUAGCCGUCCACAGAGAACCAGCUGUGCAAUUCCGUUGAACGACAGAAAUCAUGGACCUUGUUUCGGAGAUAAAGAUUUGUGGAUGACUAACAAUUUCAAUGAAGAUAGGAAUUGUUGGUGUCAACAGGAUGAUUACGCUGAUAGUAUUACCAGUACUUAUAAAUUUUGUGUUGAUGAGUAUGAAGUAUUCCAGGUUGUGUCUAAGCAAGUAGUUAAGGGAGCAGAAAGCGUGCCGCAAAAAAGUUUAUUUAAAGAAAAUUCCAGUUUAAGCAAAACGAUCUCAAUGGGAGACACCUCAGAAGAAGAGGAGAACGGAGAUUCAUUUGGAGAAUUACCACCGCGAACUCUUGCAAAUACUCGUGAUCGAAGCGAUUGUUCUCCCAUCCCGUGGGAGGAUUUCUUCCCUAUCUCCCUUGAUGUUGACAUUCCUGAAACAGAGGACGCGUUUCGGACGUACGAGAUUCCAGGGAACAACCCAGAUUCACCCAUCUUUGUAUUUCAUCAUGGAGCCGGGUAUUCCGGACUGUCAUUCGCACUUUGUGCCAAGAGAACACACGAGUUACUGAAAGGAAGUUGUUGUAUGUUCACAUACGAUUGUCGAGGACAUGGUGCAACACGUACCUCUGAUGAGACAACGUGGUCAUUGGAAAGAUUAAGCCAGGAUGUCGUCGAUGUUUUAACGAAUUAUUUUGGUGGAAUGAAUAGUUUAAAGACGAGGGAUAUAUUUCUUAUCGGACACAGUAUGGGCGGAUCAGUUGUAGCGGAAGUAGCAUCAAAACGUUUACUACCAUCUGUCACGUGUAUUGCUUUAUUAGAUGUUGUAGAAGGAUAUGCUGUGGAAGCUCUAGCUGGAAUGCUAUCAUAUCUUAGAACAAGACCCGCGGACUUUGAUUCACUUGAACGGGGCAUAAAGUGGAGCGUCAAGUCUCAUACAAUACGUAACCGCCAAUCAGCCCGUAUAUCAUUCCCAUCAACUUUAAGAGAAGUCGGCCACGAUACGGGCAAGACAAAAUACGUAUUUAGAGCGGAUCUUGCCGCGUCACAGCCAUUUUGGGAGGGUUGGUUUAAUGGAUUAUCUGAAAAGUUCUUAUCAGCAAAAGCAGCCAAACUGCUGGUCCUCGCAGGUACCGAUAGAUUGGAUACACCGCUAACUAUUGCGCAGAUGCAAGGCAAAUACCAGCUACUCGUGAUUCCCGAGGUUGGCCAUCAGUUGCACGAAGACGACCCCGAGAAGACAGCUCAGGCGUUGACAGAUUUUUGGAAACGCAAUGAAAGAUUGAUAUUACCCCCAAGAACACUCACAAUCUAG